GUGAUGAGGGGCGGAGUUAAAUAACCAACCAACUUAACAUUCGGAAGCACGCUGCUAUAGAAACUGACUUGGGAGACGUGUUAUAGAGAUUCCCGGUUUUGAGGGCGUCUCAGAGUUUGUUUUCAGGCUUCAUCAUUCCGCAUCGUAAGGAUUGCUCCAGGCUCUGCAGUGCUGCACAGUCAGUGCGACUGCUCAUCCAAACACUUCAUUCAUCUCAGGGAGACCAGCGGUGUGUUUAUGUCUUUGCUUUACGAAAACGCAGACUAUUCGGACGUCAGGAGCUGCGGAUGGGAAAGAGCUGUUGGACAGCUGUUGAAACUUGCUUGGGGGGAGCUUAGUCUACAGAGAAUACAAAAAAUUGCCAAUUCAAGAUCUUUUCAUCUCGCUGAUAAAUCCUAUAGUAAGCCAAAAUGUCCGUCAACGUCAACCGUAGCGUCACAGACCAGUUUUACCGGUACAAGAUGCCUCGUUUGAUUGCUAAGGUGGAAGGCAAGGGAAAUGGUAUCAAGACUGUUAUCGUCAACAUGGUUGAUGUUGCCAAGGCACUGAACAGGCCUCCUACUUAUCCAACCAAGUUCUUCGGCUGUGAGUUGGGAGCCCAAACCCAAUUUGAUUCAAAGAAUGACCGCUACAUUGUCAAUGGGUCUCAUGAGGCAAACAAAUUGCAAGACAUGCUGGAUGGAUUCAUUCGCAAGUUUGUGCUGUGUCCGGAGUGUGACAAUCCUGAGACUGAUUUGCACAUCAACGCCAAAAAGCAGACCAUAGGAAACUCCUGCAAGGCCUGUGGAUACCGAGGCAUGCUGGACACCAGACACAAACUCUGUACCUUCAUUCUCAAAAAUCCACCUGAGAAUGACGGUGGCUCUGUCAAGAAGGAAAAAGAAAAGAAGAACCGCAAAAAGGACAAAGAGAACAGUUCAGGCAGUGGGGAGGCUGGAAACCAGAAGGACAUAGAUGCCCCUGAUGCUGUGGAUGGAAAUGAUGAUGACGAAGAUUGGGCUGAAGAGACCACAGAGGAGGCACAGCGUCGCCGGAUGGAGGAGAUCAGUGAGCAUGCUAAGGGUCUCACGCUGAGCGACGAUUUGGAGAAAAGCCUGGAGGAAAGGGUCAACCUGUUCUACAAUUUUGUGAAGCAAAAGAAGGAGCAGGGAGCGAUUGACUCGGCUGAUAAGGAAAUCCUGGCUGAAGCAGAGCGGCUUGAGGUGAGGGCCAUGGGACCGCUGAUCCUGAGCGAGCUGCUCUUCGACGAGAACAUCCGUGAACAGAUUAAGAAAUACAAGCGCCACUUCCUUCGAUUUUGCCACAAUGAUAAAAAGACUCAGAAGUACCUCCUGGGUGGCAUUGAGUGUCUGGUGAAGCUCCAUCAGAGUCAGCUGCUGCCUCGUGUCCCCAUCAUUCUCAAAGACCUGUAUGAUGCGGACCUGCUGGAAGAAGACGUCAUACUCGCAUGGGCCGAGAAGGUCUCCAAAAAGUAUGUAUCGAAAGAACUCGCUAAGGAGAUCCAUGCCAAGGCUGAGCCUUUUGUGAAAUGGUUGAAGGAGGCCGAGGAAGAGAGCGAGGGCAGUGAUGAGGAAGAUAAGGAAGAUGGUGACAACGUGGAGGUGGUGUAUUCUUCCUCUGCACGUGAACUGAAGAUGGAAACCACAAAGCCAGAAAAGGCUGAUAAGGAGGAGGAGGAUAUUGAUAUUGAUGCCAUUUAAAAAAAAAAAAAUUUUAAUGAAGCUGCCUCUUGAGUCUUUGCAAUGCUGCUCCUUGUUAAAGUUUCUGCUCCUCAGCUAUAGGCCUGCGUCAGUGCUCUGCUAGAAAGCCUUAUUUUAGUCACUUUGAAUUUGUCGCCAUUGUAUUUAUAUGCAUGAAAUUCUUUGGAUUAUAGGGCGCUUGAGUUAUGCCCCUUCCCCUUGUAUUUUUGAGAUUAUUAAAGGAUGUUUGCCAGUGAA